AUGCUUGAGCAGACUCGGGCCUACCCCAAGCUCGCCCUCAGCUUCGUCGUGUCAACGGCAGCCCUUACUGGCUGCGUCGUCGAGCUGAUCAAGACGCGCUUGAUCGACUGGGUUGACAAGCAGCCCUGGCGCGCCCGAAUGCUGCCACUCCAGCAGGGCUUGAUGCACAACUUCGGCUACAGCAAGGCCAGCACUUCGGAUGAACGGGUUGUGGUCGACAACUACUGCUUUGUGAUUGCCAUCUGCUCACACCACCUUGUGGUGAGCAUGGCUCUGGCUCCUGCGGCUCUUCUAGGCUGGGAUGCGGCCGGGUUCAUCGGACAGAGCUUGUUCUAUGUCGGGGCGUUGGGGGAUGUGGCGUUCUCGGUCUAUGACGCCGCACAGAUCACUCUUCGAACCUUCUUCCCCAGCAGCUUCAGACGUCUGGGCGUGCAAGUGCCGGUCAAGUACUUUGUGGUCAUGGUCUGCUUGCAUCACACGCUGUCCAUGAUGCUCACGGUUCCGAUGCUUCUCUACUACCCCUCCAUGAGAGCUUUUCACCUGAUCAUGUGCUCGCAGCUCCUUGUCGGCGGCAUUUCCUUCUUGCUGGGCUGCUACAAGGUGACCCUGGACACGCAGCACUCGCGGCGCGAGUUCUUGCAGUGCAAGGCCAUCGUCCUGAUUCAGUUCUUGGCUAUAUGCUGCACGCGUGGAUACCUGUGGGUCUCCCAAGCUCUCGAUGCGAUGAUGGUAUUCUACGGGCAGGGCGACACGGCCUUCCUUUGUGUUGCUUUGGUGGGCUUCCUGUUGAUGAGCCUCUUCAAUCUUCUGACACUGCUGGAUUCGACAAAGGCCGUCAUGAAGUGGUUGCCGAUGCAGAUGCCUCCGAAGGGCGGCAGGAAGCUGGAUUGUCACGAGAGGGAGCUGAAGGUGAUCUCACACGAGGGCAUGAGGAGAGCGCAAUGUGCCAGCAGGGUGGCACUCACUACCCAAUGA